AUGGAUAUCAUAAAGGAUGGAUCAUCAAUCUUCGAAGAUGAGAGUAGAGAGAUGACAAUACCUGCAACGGUUCCUUCAAUGCUACUUUCCUGGUAUAACGUGCAGGCUGUGCCAAAGAAUGACAAAUCUUCUAGUUUCGAUCUUUUUGCUCACAACAAAACGGAAUUUUCGUACAAUAAAAUGGAAGAAGCGCCUAGAAAGAACUAUGUGCUGAACAAUGUGUUUGGUGUGGCGAGACCCGGGGAAGUCGUAGCCAUCGUAGGCCCAAGCGGAGCUGGUAAAACGUCGCUUCUCAAUGUUCUCACUCAACGAAAUGGCGCUGAUCUGGAUAUUAGCGGAAGCGUUAAGGUAAAUUUUUAUUUCAACAGACAACUUAUAUCGGCGUUGGUAUGGUCGGUGUGGUCGGCGAGAGGCAUGGGAUGA